CCCGAGGAGUGUCGGCUGCGUGGCCCGCUCACCCUGAGGGAGAGGGGCGGCCGUGACCGCUGCCCAGGGCGGCGGAUGUCAUUCGGAUUCCUGCCCCGUGAGACUCUGCAACGCGUCCUGGACUUCGCCCUCUCGGCCCAAACCUGAGAUCAGAUCGGGCGGUGACAGCCUUGCUGGGAUCCCCGUGCCCGACUCGGGCAUGAAUGGGGUUUGCCUCCCAAACUUCCUUUCCCUGUCAUGACCCUGGUAGGGUUUCUCACCACUGCCCAGGGCCUCCGCGUAGCCAGCCGUCGCCUUUCCCACCCUUGUUCACGGUGGGAUGCCCUGCCAAUUGUCUUCACCUAGCAGACUCAGUCUCCAAGGCUCAGUUCAGAGAUCAGUCCCCUUGAGGAGGCCCCCAGGAACCCUCAGACGGGCAACCACUUCCAGGGGCUGCCUCAGCUCUUUCUUUGCCCACAUUUAGCACCUCUCCAAAAGGAUCCCUCAUCAAAGUUCUUUCUGGGCCAGCUACUCCUCAUCCAGCUAGUUUCCCUCACUGAUUGCUUGGUGCUCCCAGGACCCAUACAGGGCUGCCCAGCCUGGGGAAGGGGCAGUGGUUUGGGCUCAUGCUUGGUAUUCCUGUCAUCUACUCUGGUACCUACAAACCCACAGGCUCCAAGCACAGGGCCCGGGCAGCUCCGGAUCCCCCGCCCCUCUUCGAUGACACAAGCGGUGGUUACUCCAGCCAGCCGGGGGGAUACCCAGCCCCAGGAGCCGACGUGGCCUUCAAUGUCAACCACUUGAUUGGGGACCCAAUGGCCAACAUGGCUAUGGCCUAUGGCAGCUCCAUCGCAUCCCAUGGGAAGGACAUGGUGCACAAGGAGCUGCACCGUUUUGUGUCUGUGAACAAACUCAAGUAUUUUUUCGCUGUGGACACAGCCUAUGUGGCCAAGAAGCUAGGGCUACUGGUCUUCCCCUACACACACCAGCACUGGGAAGUGCAGUACAGUCGUGAUGUGCCUUUGCCCCCGCGGCAAGACCUCAACGCCCCCGACCUCUAUAUCCCCACAAUGGCCUUCAUCACCUACGUGCUGCUGGCUGGGAUGGCACUGGGCAUUCAGAAAAGGUUCUCCCCAGAGGUGCUGGGCCUGUGUGCAAGCACGGCACUGGUGUGGGUUGUGAUGGAGGUGCUAGCUCUGCUCCUGGGCGUCUACCUGGCCACCGUGCGCAGCGACCUGAGCACCUUCCACCUGCUGGCCUACAGCGGCUACAAAUAUGUGGGGGUGAUCCUCAGUGUUCUCACGGGCCUGCUCUUCGGCAGCGAUGGCUACUACGUGGCGCUGGCCUGGACUUCGUCCGCGCUCAUGUACUUCAUCGUGCGCUCUUUGCGAACAGCAGCCCUGGGCCCCGACAGCAUGGGGGGCCCGGCCCCCCGGCAACGUCUCCAGCUCUACCUGACUCUGGGAGCUGCAGCCUUUCAGCCCCUCAUGAUAUACUGGCUGACCUUCCACCUGGUCCGGUGACCCCCGGUCCCCACUGGCACUGAUUUUUCCAUACAUUGAAGAUUUGGUUUCCUUGA